CAUGCCUGUCUGGAGAGCGAGGAACCACACAUUCCUUCCUGGGCAUUACGUACACUUGAGCCCCUAGGUUCCAUUUCAGAUCACUAUGCCCUGAGCCUCCAUAGACUUGUCCUGGCUCCCCGUCACUGAACGCUGGGGUGGUCAAGGGUGCACCAGUGGAGGGAGCAGGAUGAGUGAGUACUUCUAGUUCAGCCUGCAGGGAGGCGGUUCUCAGCCUACCAGCCUGUUUCUUUCUUUCUUUUUUUUAAUUAAAAUGAAAUGCACAGAAUUUAAGUAUACUUUAAGAUGAGUCUUGACAAAUGUCUGCAUCUUUGUAAUCCAUAUCCUUAUCAAGAUAUGCAACAUUAACCUUAUACCAGCAAGUUCUCUCCUGCCGUACCUCCAAUGCUGUCCAGGCAAAACCACUUUUUGGAUGUCUCCAUUAGAGAUUAAAUUGGCCUGUUCUAGAAAUUCCUGAGAGAGGAAUCAGGCCGUAGGUAUUCAUCUCCGCUCAGCUUAAUGUUUUUGUGAUUCAUCCAUGUUGUUGCUUUAUCUGUGGCUUGUUCCUUUUCAUCGCUGUGUAUAUUCCAUUGUUUCACUGUGCCAGGGGCCGUUUGGCUAUUUUCUUGUUGCUGAACUGCUGGGCUCUUUCCAGUUUGGGGCUGGUAUGAAUAAGGCUGCUGUGAACAUUUGGAUACAAGGCUUUUUGUGGACAGAUGUCCCCAUUUCUCUGAGGUUAAUACCUAGAAGUGCAAUUACGGGAUUCUAGAUCGGGUUUCCAAAACACCGCCAGACCAUUUUAUACGCUUGCCCCAUAAGUUGCGAGGUACCUGGUUGCUCUUCGUCCCUGCCAACAUUUGGUACUUUCGGCCUUAUUUCCUUCAAGACAUUCCGAGUUCCCAGGGGCUUCAGUCUCACACCUUCUACUGGGGCAACAAUGGGCCAUCUCCAACAGGGACGGUGCGGCUUUGCCCUGGAUGCCUGACUGCCACACACCUCCAGAGAAUCACGGUGUCUGAAAAGUGGAAGAGUGACAAAAGAAGAACUCUCCCCGUCGAGGCUCUGGUCCACGGAGGGAAGAAGGCAAUUUCCUAAUUGGUACCAUAUACAUCAGAUGGAUGGUUUCUAGCCUGCUUCCAAACCCCACCUCGGCUGAGUGCUGGGCAGCCCUUCUACAUGAUCCUAUGACUCUUGAUAUGGACGCAGUCCUGUCAGACUUUGUUCGGUCCACAGGGGCAGAACCUGGUCUGGCCAGAGACCUGCUGGAAGGCAAAAACUGGGACCUGACCGCCGCUCUGAGUGACUAUGAGCAGCUCCGACAGGUGCACACAGCCAACCUGCCGCAUGUGUUCAACGAGGGCAGGUGCCCCAAGCAGCCAGAGCGAGAGCCGCCUCAACCCGGACACAAGGUGGAGCGGCCCUGCCUGCAGAGACAGGACGACAUUGCCCAAGAAAAGCGACUUUCCCGGGGGAUUUCCCACGCCAGCUCAGCGAUUGUCUCCCUGGCCCGGUCCCACGUGGCAAGUGAGUGCAACAAUGAGCAGUUCCCCCUGGAGAUGCCCAUCUACACGUUCCAGUUGCCAGAUCUGAGCGUGUACAGCGAAGACUUCAGGAGCUUCAUCGAACGGGACUUGAUCGAGCAGGCGACCAUGGUGGCUUUGGAGCAGGCAGGUCGCCUGAAUUGGUGGUCCACUGUGUGCACAAGCUGCAAACGGCUUCUUCCUUUGGCCACUACAGGGGACGGAAACUGCCUUUUACAUGCAGCCUCUCUGGGAAUGUGGGGAUUUCACGACCGGGACCUGGUUUUGCGGAAAGCUCUCUACACCAUGAUGAGGACAGGGGCUGAAAGAGAAGCCCUAAAGCGGAGGUGGAGGUGGCAGCAGACGCAGCAGAACAAGGAGUCAGGGCUGGUGUACACCGAGGAGGAAUGGGAGCGGGAGUGGACGGAGCUGCUGAAAUUGGCAUCCAGCGAGCCACGCACGCACUUCAGCAAGAACGGUGGCACAGGCGGGGGUGUGGACAACUCUGAGGACCCUGUGUAUGAGAGUCUAGAGGAGUUCCAUGUGUUUGUCCUCGCCCAUAUAUUAAGAAGACCAAUAGUUGUCGUAGCAGAUACGAUGUUGAGGGACUCAGGUGGAGAAGCAUUUGCUCCAAUCCCAUUUGGAGGGAUUUACCUGCCCUUGGAGGUGCCUCCCAACAGAUGCCACUGCUCACCUCUGGUUCUUGCCUACGAUCAAGCGCAUUUCUCUGCCCUUGUGUCCAUGGAGCAGAGAGAUCAGCAAAGAGAACAAGCCGUGAUCCCCCUGACGGAUUCGGAGCACAAGCUGCUGCCUCUGCACUUUGCAGUGGACCCCGGGAAGGACUGGGAGUGGGGGAAAGACGACAACGAUAACGCCCGGCUGGCCCACCUGAUCCUGUCGCUAGAAGCCAAGCUGAACCUUCUGCACAGCUACAUGAAUGUGACGUGGAUCCGGAUCCCCUCCGAGACCCGGGCCCCUCUGGCACAGCCGGAAUCCCCAACAGCCUCCGUGGGGGAGGACGUGCAGUCCCUGGCCGACUCCCUGGACUCGGACCGGGACUCCGUGUGCAGCAAUUCCAACAGCAAUAAUGGCAAGAACGGCAAGGACAAGGAGAAGGAGAAGCAGCGCAAGGAGAAGGACAAGACCCGCGCGGACUCCGUGGCCAACAAGCUAGGCAGCUUCAGCAAGACGCUGGGCAUCAAGCUAAAGAAAAACAUGGGCGGCCUGGGCGGCCUGGUGCACGGCAAGAUGGGCCGCGCUAACUCCGCCAAUGGCAAGAACGGCGACGCACCCGAGCGCGGCAAGGAUAAGAAGACCAAGUCGCGCAAGGGCAGCAAGGAGGAGUCCGGCGCGUCGGCGAGCACGUCGCCGUCGGAGAAGACCACGCCGUCGCCCACGGACAAGGCGGCCGGGGCUUCGCCGGCCGAAAAGGGCGGCGGGCCGCGGGGCGACGCCUGGAAGUACAGCACGGACGUGAAGCUGAGUCUCAACAUCCUGCGCGCCGCCAUGCAGGGCGAGCGCAAGUUCAUCUUCGCCGGUCUGCUGCUCACCAGCCACCGGCAUCAGUUUCACGAGGAGAUGAUAGGCUACUACCUGACCAGCGCGCAGGAGCGCUUCAGCGCCGAGCAGGAGCAGCGGCGCCGCGACGCCGCCGCCGCCGCCUCCACGGCCAAGCGGCCGCCUCGCAGGCCAGAGACCGAGUGUGCGCCGGGCCCCGAGCGCGCCUCGCCGGGCCCGCCGCGCGACGGCCUGGAGUUCGCCGACGCCGACGCGCCGGCCGCCCGCUCGAACGGUGAGUGCGGCCGCGGCGGCCCGGGGCUGGCGCAGCGGCGCUGCCAGCGCGAGAACUGCGCGUUCUACGGGCGCGCCGAGACCGAGCACUACUGCUCGUACUGCUACCGCGAGGAGCUGCGGCGGCGGCGCGAAGCGCGCGGGGCCCGGCCCUGAGUGCGGCGCGCGCGCCAGCUUUUACCAUAAAGGAUUUCUUUUCCAUUCUGUCGGUGUCUUUUUUACAUGCCCUGGUCAACCGGAAGGCCGGCGACUCCUCUGUCAGUGCUGUGUACGUGUUUGGUCAAACGUUCCUAAUGGUGCCUGAACCUACACUGACGCCACUCAGGUAGUAGACGGAUAGGAAACAAGUCAUACUGUUGGAAGUGGGUGUGCUAGCUAGCAUCUGCCUCGUACCUGUGGAAACUCAAUAGCCAUUGCAAGAGUAUUUUUGUUCUUCAAUAAGAGAAAUAAAGAAAUUUGCAGCCCUUUGUUUUUAGAAGGGAGUGUUUUACAUUUUUUUUUUUUUUGCCUUUUUUCCCCGCCCUCCCCCAACCCAGCGACUGACCUCUUCCACGUAGUGGUCACACGUGUGCGGUCGGUACCACCCAGGGUUUAGAAGCAAACCCGCAGUCCGAGAUGGCGGCGGCUGUGCUGCGGGCUUGCACCUGCUUCCCCUCCCGAGUCCCAGGAGGACAGGAGGCACUGUGCUGCCCGCUGAUGCGCUCUGGUGGUCGCGUGGCCCUUUAGAAAUACACAGCGCCAUCUCAUAAGCAAAACCUCUUCCCACGUCCCCCUCCCCCGCUCGAGCAACAUUCACACUGCCAUCAAAGCCGCAGGCGUCUAGGAUGGGCACCGGACAACCUACCUCGCAGGGCACGGUGAGGUGUAGUGAUUGCUCCCGGUGAGGGCAGCUCAGGUGACAGGAGCUUUCCAAAGACACCUUGGGUCCAAAAAUAAGGUUCCGAACUCAUUAUUUGGAAUUUGCCCGUGUAUGAGCAAAGAUAACAGCCUGCUCACAUUUUUCCUUUGAAGACACUUCCACAAUGAACUAUCAGCGGAGGGCCCCUAGGAAGUGACCAUCGGUGCCCCAGGAGAGAGGCGAGGAAUUGACCCUUUGGUCACUGUGUAAGCCCCCACACUAGGCUGCUGUGAAACCCGGCCUGUGCCUCUUUCCAAAGGGAAGAGGCUGAAGGAAGCCGGGAAGGAAGCCCAUCCCCACCUCCACCUGCAUCUUUCUGGGUUCAGCCAGGUAAAGGGGCUCCACUCCCAUUGGGGUGCCCUCUGCAGGGCAGGGUAACCCUGCCUGUGGCUCCAUAACACAUUGAGGGGGCAGCCCCAUUCCUGAGCGGUCCCUUUUUUGGUGCCUCCUACGUUUCUUGAGGAAAAAAAAAUGUGUCCUUAGCUACCCUGUUUUGAGCAGCAAUAUGCAGCCUCUUCCUUCCAAGAUUACCUCUGGAGAUUACCGUUCUUGGCCAAGGACACUGAGGAGUUAAACCUGCCUCACUAAGGAGAGAUCUUGUUUCCAAGAAAUACGAAUGAGUUGGGUAAAAUCCUCACUAGCAGAAGAAUACUUUAAAACCUGCGAGAGCCUUAGAAUAGCUUCUAAUAAUCCUAAGAAAGAGAGGAGAUAGCGCCCAGCUUUGCUGUGGGUGUAUCCUCAGAAAAUGCAGGAGGUAGACCAUCUCUUCAAUGGAGCCAGCUUCUCCUUCUCCAGAAAGGAUGCUUUUCCCUCUGACAUAAAGAGCAGAAAAAAAAAUAAAAAUAAAUCAAAAAAAAGGGGAUUUUUUUUUACUUGUUUGAAGAAUUAUAGUAAUUUGAGUAUCUCCUGUAAUUCCUUUUUGUUUUUAAUUAUUCCACAGCAUGUGGAGUUUUCAGUAAUUUAUUCAAGUUUUGCAUAAGUGGUUCCUUACUUAAAUCAAAAUUAUUUAUUAAAUAGAAUCUUAAGAAAUUUUUUGGAAGUUUUACUUUUCAUGCCGAACAAUACUUUCAGUGUGUGGUAAUUAGUAACAUCCUUGUCCCUCAUAUUACUGGGGUUUCUUUUGUUACUAAAAAAAAAAAAAAAAGUAGUUUUUUAAAAAUCUCUCAUCGAGAGGGUUUGUGGCAGCUUUUUGGACUGAAUCUUUGUGUCAUGCUGAGCAACUGCUUUGCCAUCCAAAGCUGUGAGGUCACAGGAAGUAUUGCAUCACAUAUAGACACCCAUUACGGCUCUUGCCCCGCCCCUCACUCUUAGAAAGUUGAGACAGCCAACCUUGAAAAUGCUUAAUUGUUCAUUCUGAAACCAAACUCAUGUGCACAAGAAGUCAAGAAGGCAUAAAGUAAUUUUAUGUUUGUUUUUUAAUUUUUUAAUGUUGAAACAGCCAACCAGAAAUUUCCAAAACUGGCUAUGCAAAUAUUUUAUCUUUCUCAUGCCAAGUUUAAAAAAAAAUAAGGUGGGGCAUUGGGGGGCAAACUGAGAAUAAAUACGGUCCAUUGUAAUACCAGAGGAAAACCUUCGAAACCAGGCAGUAUAAUCUGUACGUAUUAUUUUUAAAAAAUGGUGACAUGUUCUAUCUUGUUAAAUUUCAAAGCCCUCUCCGUCCCACCCCACCAGAUAGAUGUGCCAUGAAUAAAAGCCUGAGAUCCAGCUAUUGGCCACCAUGGUGGCUUCUCCAGCCAUGUGGAAGGCCCCUAACUUCAUAUGGUCAUGAGGUGACUCAGCAUGCCAGGGCCCCUGUGGGUACUUGUGCACAUCAUUUACAAAUAGCUGUUUCCUUUUGUGAACGAUCUGGAUCCCUUCCUCUAAACAGUAUUAAAACACAGAGAGAAACUACUGUUAUACUAAACUUACUAGCCCAGUGUGCCAGGAAUGUUCCCUGUUGUUCAAAAGAGCUCUUUAGACCUGGUCCCUGGCCAGAGUUCUCUCAAACCAAGUUAGUUUGUUAGGCUGAAGAGUAACUUAGAAUGCUGUGUUGUUUACACGUGGACCAAGAAGUCCUCUAAUAUCUUCUGUGACUUGGGGGCCCCUUGUGGAUCAGGGAAAGGUUAAGUGGAUUGUAGGCACUGGAGAAAAGGAAGAAAGCCAGUCCUGAUUCCAGAAAGUCUGAGAGCCCCACCUGAGCACCCGUCCUGGACUCGGAGUGCAUGGCAUACCCUGCCUGUGAGUGGCCUUCUAGUCUGAUCUGGCCGACCUCCCCUUUCCAGGAAGGUCAGAUGUCUCUAAGUGACAGCAAGUUUCCAGAAGGAUCCUAUAUACUUCUGAACCCCGGUGGAGGUUGUUUCAGUAAUUUACUUCACAUUUCCCGCACAUGCGCUACCUGGGUAUAUGAUUUUUAUAAAAAUAUUGUUAAAGGAAGGUGUUUUUAAGUGUAUUCUGUGUGUAGAUUUUAUGCUAUGUUACGUUGCAAUUUUACAAGCCAGGUUCAAACUGCACCAUAGAAAUUAUUUUUAUAUUAUUUUCAGAAUAUGCCGCAGAGCAAUAUUUUGCGCCCUUAUAUUGUCACAGGGUUGUCGCCUUGGAAGGGUAACUGCAAGUGGGAAGGGGCUCCACACUGUGUUCUCUUGGAUUUAAGUGCUUUUUGCUAUUUGCUCACAUCCCCUCUGAAAGUGGGAAUAGGUAAAUGUCUUGUCUUUUUUUUAUUGGAAGCUUGAUUUUUUUGUUCUGUCCAUGGAUUUUAGUACUUCACCUUUCCUCUUAAAUGAAUACUUUAGACUCUCUAAGUUACUGCAGACUUUUUCUUACCUUUUACCACCCAGUGAGUGGCUCAACUGGAGUUCUGAAAAGUUUGGAUCUGUUACUUUAAAAAUUUAAUAUUUUCCAAAAUGAUUCAUUAGUUCUAGUAUCUUACCAUCAGGAAUUUGGCGACGCGAGAUAAAAGGUUUCUCCACACCCCCAGUGCACAUUGUUCUCAUCCCCUCCCUUAACAUCCACAAGCUUAUUUUGCAAACCACUCUACUUUGCAAAAAUAAACUUAACCUAUCAAAAUAUAUUUCACAUUAGUUAAGGGAAAAAAAGGGCUGUACUUAUCGGUGGUGGAUAAAUUUGUGAGAGGGGGAAAAAAGGCUCUGCCAAACCCAUGUGUGUUAAGUUCCAUUUCUGCGAGUCUUUCGUGUUUAUUUGCAAGACCUGGAGUAAAAGCUGAAGGCAUCCAUUGCACGUUUGGGGUUUCUUUCUUUAUGAUCUGACUCCUUUCUCCUCAUUGUGGCGUGGACUUUACAAAGUAAGUUCUUCCAGUGUUUUGGUUUUUUUUUUUUCCUUUUCUUUUUUCAAUGCUUCUAAUAAAUAAGACAAAAAUGCGUUUCCAUGGCUGAGUGAGCCCUGCCUUGCCGGACUUCAGCUGCUGUGGCAUCACCCCGUGGGCUGCUGAGGCGGCCUCUGCUCUGGCUAAAUCUGGUUCUGCUGCCACCUGAGGGCACACACACCGUGGAAAGGCCCGGAGGUGGCUGGCCCUCCAGGCACCAGACAGAAGGUACCCCCUUCCAAAAAGCCUUAAAGUGGUGGCUCUCUGGAGACCCCUGGGCACCACCUCCAUUCAGUCCUGACGAUAAACUGUUUUCUGCUCACACUGCCCCGUUUUGGUGUGGCUCUCCAGGGCAGAAAGGGGGCGCUCAAUUUCGUCCUUUCAUCCACAGCCACCCCCGGCCCCCACGCCUACUCUGCAAUACUGGUUCUGCUAGCACAGAGCACAGAGCAUGUUUCUGACAGUGCUGCCUGUGACACGGGAGUGGGUCCAGGAUAGCUGGUCCUAGAAAGACCUGCAGGGCAUGCAUGGUGGGGACCCCCCACACACUCACCCUGAGGAAACCCCCCCCGGGCUACAUGGAGCAUUUCCACGGUGCAGUGCUUUGGAAGAUAGACACUACGACUCCAAGCAGCUUCAAGAUGGCCUGUUAGCAGCUGCGUAGUCAGCAUCAUGCCCAAAAGCAGCCCUUCUUGGACCACGCCACCUCCAGCAGAGAAGAGAGAGGGAGAGGCCCUGCAUGCGUCCUCCGAAAUAACUGGCACGUGCAGGCCCUGCAGCAAGAGUGUGCUUUACUCAAGGGGGCUGACUUAACACAUAACCCCAGGGAUAAACAGUCCUAGCCAGGUCACCGUUUCUAUUAAUUCUGCAAGGUCUUCUGUUGAAAUGUGCAUUUUUACUGUUUGAUUCUGCAAAAAAAGGAGUCCCGCCAGCCUCCAUUGUGUAUGUAUAGAAGGAUGCCCACGGCUUAUGCUUUUUUAUUCACCCAAGAGAACUUCUUAGUACAUACAUGUGUGUACAUACAUGUGUGUAUUCAUACAUACACACAUACAUAUAAUCAGUUCUUUACAAGGUGAAGAGUACCCGUUGGUUUUAAGGGUAUAGACUAAAUCUGCUCAAAACCAAAUCAACCCGUUAAAGUUAAGGAGGACAAGUUAGUAAAACCAGCUGUUUGACAGUAUCUACAAACAUUGGAGGGUGACUUUCAAUGAAGAAACAUUCUAGUCCCACUCCAUUACCUCUCUGACCUUCUCCUCCUCUGUUGUUAGCUACUCUGUCCCAGCCACAUGGGCCCGCCUCAGAGCCUUUGCACAUGCUGUUCCUCCUUGCACCUGGAAUGUUCUCCCCCACCCCCCGAGCCACCUCCCUCACCCUUCACUACUUGCCAGUCUUUGCUACAAUGUCACUUUCAAGGAGGCCUUCCCUGACUUAUUGAAAAGAACAGCACACCCCACCCUCCCUGCUACCUCCCUGUGCAUUGUUUGCGUGUUUAUUGCCAUUUGAGUGCUGCACAUAUGAAUUAUUCAUUUUCUGUCCUUCCUCCAACCCCCAUAGAAUGUAAGCUCCAUGUGGGCAGGAAUUUUUGUAUGUUUUGCUCACUGCUGUAUUCCUGGUGCCUACAACAGUGCCUGACACAUAUUAGGCACUGGAUAAAUAUUUGUUGAAGAAGAGAAAUGAAAUCAGUUAUCUGAUAACUAUUAAGCCUAAUAAUACCAAUUUCAACCUUUAUCUAAUCCAUAGUCCACUAUUGUCCCCAGGUGGGGAAAAUUUUAGCUGAUAAAGUAGCAUGGCUGCUUCUCCAGCCCGCAGUCCAUGAUGCCAGAUAUGACAGUGAGCACAUCAACCCGACUAUGGCAGGCUUCUUCACGUCUCUGUGAAGGCCUGCCCAGUGACCCUCCCCUACAGCUAUGAGACUCCACUGUUUACAGAACAAGCUGCAGCAGGGACAGGUUUCCUACAGGGUGCAUCUCACAGGCACACUGAUGGACCUCCAUGAUGUUGUUGUGGGCCUGAACCAUUCUAGGGAGCCCCUUAUAAUCAGCCCUUUGGACACUGUUCCUCCACAGUGUCUCCAGGGAGACAGGCAUUCCUUCCUAUACCAAACUCAGGUGGCAGCGAUGGCCCAGCCCAGGGAAGGGAGUCAAUCUGACCACUAGAAGGACCCAUUCUCAUGUCACCAAAAGCAGGCCUGCAGAGGAAGAGGAGCUUGUCACGCAGAAUAACAGGGGCAGGCAUGGGGACCUGGACUGACGAAGCUGGAAGCAGCAGGGGCAGAGAACCAAGGCCCCUCUGAGUCUCCCCCUCCCUCAUUGGUGGGCACGUGCUGGAGGGACAGAGCCUUGACACCACAGAGCCAAACAACACAUGCCUCCGUGGCCCUGGCCCCCCAGAGCAAGAGGCCCUCAAUGCAGUCGGAUGACCUCACUAACGAGCAGGGGAGGGAUAGUUCCUCCUCUGAACGGCCCACCCCUGCAGGAUGAUUUUCACAACUACCUAACCUUGGUGUUUACUUCCAGGUCCUUUGGCCAAAUGUGUUUUCCUCUAAAAGUUGUUGGCAAAAUACUGUUAUAAGCUUCUUAUAGGACCUCUGUCCUACUGUAACCUGGUUAAAAGGCUUUGUCCUUCUCUUUAACCUCCUUCCAUGGUUUUUUGCUGUCAUUUCUCUGGUGCCAUAUUUUAGGGUCCCUCAUGGUGGGGAUGUGAGGUCCCCUUCAUAACACUCCCUCCGCGCCUGCCCGGCAGACAGUAAGUGGGCCCACACAUGUGUGUCCCUUUGGUUAAAUUGCCAAAUAAACGACAUCCCUUUCAUUGCUGCCCUAACAAGCUGGGGGGCGCACUCCUGCCAGUACUCAGAACACGGGCGUUCCCAGGGCUGCCCCCUUGAUACACUCAAACCUUUCUCCACAGCAGGUGCCCUGGGGUCUGCCUAAGUUCUUCCUACACAUUCUUCCCGCCUGCAUGAAAUGGAAUCCAAGCACCUGACUUGGAAUUACAAUUUGGCAGGCGGGAAUGGGGCAGCUUGUCUCCACUAAUUUAUGACCAAAACUAGUAACACGACCGUGAUCAUGGUUGGAGAUCAGCCAUGGCCUGGAGCCUCAGUAUAAAGGCAAACUCCACCUCUGACAGAGCCAGUCACCACUCAACACAGGAGGGAAGCCUGGGUCCUCAGUCACAUCAACAGAGGAGCUAUUAGAGGUGCAGGGAGGCUGGCCUGAAUGUACUCACAGCCUCAUCUGCGGAGUUUGAACCCUGUUCACCAUCCUCUUUGAUUAAGUUGGUCUUGUUUUAACCAAGGGUUGUUGAAGUGUAACUGCUUUGUUCCUUCAAACAUGCGUUGGGCCUAUGAGAGUCAGUGAAUGUUGUUUCUCUGUUUCUGUCCCUUACUUUUUUUUCUUUUUUUGGUUCAUUUGACCCAUUUUGGGAUGAAAUAUGUUACUUUGUUUCCCCAAUUUACUUGAUUACUGUGGACGGAAGAGAACACUGAAGCAAAAACGGGUCAUAAAUCCUGUUACUUUGACCCAAAUUAUCCAGAGCCCUUUUCCACCUGGGAGUGUUCAUUUUAAUUCAAUACAAAUAUUCUUUUCCACCUGGUCCAUUCUUGGAGAAGGAACCCGUUAUAAGAGCUGUCUUUGGUGGUUGGGUUGUUACUUUAUUAAGUAUUAAAGCACUAAACCAAUUUUUGCAAUAUGUAGUAAAUCUUGCUUUCAUUUUGGAAAACUUCCAGUAAUGACUACUGCACUUUUUAUAGAAGAACUGUAUUUCAUUUCUUUCUUUUAUGAAAGAUUAUUUCAAGUAAAAAUAGCUCUGUAAUCCGUGUGACAUGGCUUCUCCAUUACUUGACACAGAGAGAAGCUUUCAUGCCUA